AUGGAGACAUCCAGAAUAUCCCCACCAGUUCCAGCCUUGGAGGACGCGAGCGCGCCUCAACAAGCUCCAGAUGAGGAGCCGCUAGCCCCUACAAAAAGCCACAAUUCUAUCCGGCAGUUAUGGGCUGUUGCAUACAUGAGCCUACGCAAUGAGGAAGAUUCGCCCGUUCAAGCGUUCGAAGAUCAGAUCCGUUGCAAUAUGCCUGACAUCGCCGACAGAAUGAGCUCAGACGCGAGUACGAAAGACUGGACGAGUAGCGUUGUACAAACUCAGAUGGAUCAAGUCAAGCGAGACACUUUGAAGCUGAGAUUUGGGAAUUUCGAGGUGGAAGCCCAGGAAGUCGUCAAGUCGGUCCUAGCAGUUGUCAAUUGGAGUAAGGACUACGUCUCUAAAGCCCUGAGCUCAAAUCCCACGGCAUCUAUUGCCUGGGGUGGAGUAACUCUGUUGCUACCGGUAAGUCAAUAUCUCAUUAUUGUCCAACAAGCUUCUUCUUUGGCCAAGGGACUCGAGCACAUUGCAUCGAUAAUAGUUCGGAGUUCCAUGUGGGAGGAUCUUUACGUACGGCGCUACGAGUCUACGACUAGCGACACUCUGCCAGAAUCGCAUGCUGAGUACCGUCGUGCGUUGGAAAUGCUAUACCAAGAGGUACUCAGGUUUCAGAUUGUUUGCUACGGCUACUAUAAUCACAGAUCUGUCUCUCGCUUCGCUUUGGAGUCUGUCAAGCAUCAUGGCUGGGACGAACUGCUCGAAAAGAUUAAGUACCGUGAGAUCGAAUUCGACAAAGUCAGCCAUGGUUGGCGAGACAAGAUGUAUAACGAGGAAUGGGAGAAGGCAGAGGCACAGCAUCAGCAAGCCAUGGGUCAGUGGCGAACGAUUGGAACCGAUGUGUCUGAGCUCAGGAAAACGAUCGAGGAAACUCAGAGAGACAUGAAUCGCGAAAGGAUGCUAAAUUGGCUUUGUGCGACCGACACUUCAGUGCAAUAUAGAGCUGCCCGAGAAAAAUACAGCAGCGGAACCUGCAAUUGGCUGAUCAAAGAAAGCGAUGAUUUCGAGACGUGGGAAAAAGAGUCUAAAUCUUUCCUAUGGUUAAAUGGAAAAGCCGGCUCCGGGAAAUCAAUUCUGAGCUCAUCUGUUAUCAAAUACUUAAAGGACCAGUACGAAAACAACCCAGAAACUGCGCUUGCAUACUACUUCUUCAGCUUUGGAAACGUAGAGCAACAAAAGGUGUCUGUGAUGCUCUCAUCACUUGUACGACAGCUGUGUGCAAGUCGUCCAGAUACACCACAGCCGAUCAAACGGUUCAAAGAUUAUAUGGCAAAGGGCGAGCGGCCAGACAUAGAGACUCUUGAAGCCGCACUCAUGUCUGCUGUUAGUGGGUUUUCCGCGACAUUCGUCGUUAUAGAAGCUCUCGAUGAGUGCCCGGCCUUCGAUGGCGAGCGUCUAAAGCUUUUGAACUGCCUUCGCCGCAUCAUCGCCUCAAUGCCGGAUAACAUGCAUAUCUUUUGCACAAGCCGAGCCGAGCCAGAUAUUCAUAUGACAAUUGGCGAGCUAUUGGAAGGGCCCGCAAAAGCUGCCAUUGAUCUUACAGAGAAUCGAGAGGGUUUGAACAGGGACCUACGUCUGUACAUUGAUACUGUUUUGGAUACCAGAACGUAUUGUUGGUGGUCAGUCGGCGUGAGGGCCAAAGCGAAGAAUAUACUGAUCGCGAGAGCAGAUGGAAUGUUCCAAUAUCUUGUUUGCCAGUUCGAAGCCCUUCAAUAUCUAGAUUCGGAAGCAUCUGCCCUCUCAGCACUAAAUGACCUCCCUACGGGACUCGACGAAACAUAUAACAGGCUGCUUCUAGGUCUCAACAGCAAGCUCAAAUGGCAGAUCUUGGGUGCGCUCAAAUGGUUAGCGUUAUCGAGAGAGCCUCUACAUCUCGAUGUAUUUGCCAAAAUCUUCAUCUUCCGUCCAGAAACUGUCACCAAAAUUCACAAGACCCAGCGGUUGUUUGACGCGCGAGCGGUUCUGAAACAUUUCCCUAGCCUCGUGACGACUCAGGAGGAGGAGAGUUGGAACUAUGACACUAACUGUUUCGAAAUCAAUACAUAUGUCCGCCUCGCUCACUUCACAGUCAAGGAGUAUCUAAUGUCCGAACGCAUCAAAGAAAGUAAAGCGAAACAAUUUCAUUUUACAGAAGCGAAUACUCACCUGCAUAUCUCGCAUUGCUGCCUGUCAUAUCACCUAUUUCAAACUGUUCAGAAUACAGGAGACGACGUGGAACUCCCCUUGGAGACCUACGCAGUCCGAAACUGGGAAUUUCAUUUGGAUAUAGUACCACGUGAACUAUGGACAUACACUAUCAUCCAGCUCGCUGAGCUCGCUCUCUCCAUGCGUACUAGAAGCCUCGAGAAGAUUCUUUUCGAAGGACGACUGAGGGAACGAUCGGAUGUAUACGGUGACCGAGCCCUGAAUUUGAUGCAGCGGCCGUACUGCUAUACCGCCGCGAUCGGGUCUCUCGAACUCACCAAAUUGCUGCUUCAGAAAGGUUCACGAACUCGCAGAUUCUUAACCCAGGAAGAUCUCGACUUAGCCCUCCGAGAGGCAGCGGAGGAGGGCCAUAUCGAGAUUUUCCGCUUUCUUCUCAAUGAACGUGCUAAUCCCAAUGUGAUCACUGGUGGUGCGUUACAAACCGCAGCGCAUCGAGGCCACCUAGCGGUCAUGAAGCUCUUACUAGACAAUGGGGCUGAUAUCGAUGCGCACGAUGACAGAUUUGGGUCAGCUCUGGAGGCCGCGGCAAAGGGCAGCAACCUGACAGCCUUGCGAAUUCUCCUGGAUCGUGGGGCUAAUGUGAGAGAAGCAGGAUGUCCUGUUUCGUGCCUCAUUGCGGCGUAUAGGUCAUGGGACCGAAAUGAUGUCACACAGUGCAUCCAGACUCUAAAACUUCUUCUCCACAAGGGUGCCAAUAUCAACAGAAGGUGUACGCGGCACGGCAGUGCUCUCAAUAAGGCAGUGGAGGCGUGGAUACAUCAGAGAACACGUACCUUUUUCGACUUCGUCACAAGACGCAAAGCUGACGUUGAUUUGAAUGAUGGGCGAGAUGGCACCCCGUUACAAGUGGCAUGUUCCGGUGACGUAUUUCGGAGCAAAGAAGUGAUCCUGGCCCUGCUGCGUCUUGGGGCUGACCCAAAUGCUCAGGGAGGGCAGUUCGGUAACUCACUUCAGAAAGCAUGUUAUAAUACCGAUGACGAGUCUGGUCUGAGUCGCCUACUUCUCAAAAAAGGUGCGAAGAUAAACCGGAAAGGUGGCUGUUAUGCAACAGCCUUACACGCAGCCUGCGCGAAACCGAGCCUUAUAUUGGUUAAUACAUUGCUUAGUAGAGGCGCUGACUUGCAUAUACAUGGCGGGGUGUAUAGCAGUGUAAUGCAAGCGGCCGCCUCCGUACAGGACUCGGAUUAUUCCAAUGAAACUGCACUCAUUACGCAAAAGCUGCUCGAUAGUGGCGCUGAUGUCAAUGCGCCCGGUGGCAUGUUCGGAAGCGCGCUACAAGCCGAAGUUCAUUCACGCCGUGCCAAUGUAGGCGUGGUAGAAACUUUACUUAUAAAAGGAGCAGAAGUCAACAUGAAGGGAGGGAUGUACGGCACAGCACUCCAAAGCGCUUGUGUGCGAGGAAACAUUGAAUCAGUCCGCUUACUUCUUUCCUACGGUGCUGAGGUCAACAUCGAGGGAGGACGGUAUGGAACCGCGCUCCAGGCGGCGUGCGUAUAUGAACGCAAAUACAGCAAGAAGUACUACGAUCUGGCCCGCUUACUGAUAGACCAUGACGCAGAUGUCCAUGUUAAAAGCGGGUAUUUUGGCAGUGCCUGGCAUGCUGCGGCUGCACUACCCACCUGGCAGGAUCCAGCCAACGACACAUUGAAGCUGCUGCUCGAUAACGGCGUUGAUGUGAACCACUGCCAUGAUCGACAUGGAACUGCUCUGCAGGUUGCACUCGAGCAUUUUGAAGAUGACAUCGAAGUUAAGAUCCUGUUUCUCCUCAAAAAUGGCGCUGAUGUCAAUAUCGGAGCCGGUCUCCAUGGGUUCCCUUUGCAAUCGGCAUGCCUAGCACCUACAAAGGACUCAACUGGUCUGAGCUCACGCGGCCUCGUCUGCCUACUUAAAAAUUGCUGUGACAUCGAGGUCAAUCAGAUAGGCGGACUGUUUGGCACGGCUUUACAGUCAGCAGCGUACACAGGCAAGACAAAAGGUGUGAAGUUGCUGCUUGAGAAGGGUGCAGGUGUUAAACUUCGCGGCGGAGAAUACGGUAGCGCCCUAAAUGCAGCUGUAGUCAAAGGAUAUUGGGAUAUCGUGGAGAUACUAUUGGAGGCCGGGGCGAAGGCAGAUUGUCACUUGUUCCCCAAAGCUGAUGAGGAAUGGCUAGAAGCAGUCGGGUUGGAGCAGGGAUACAAUGCCGUGAAGCGGUAUAGGAACUUUUGGGAGAAGGUUAAGUUGUACGAGAAUGAGGCUGUAAAAAGAAAGACUGUCUAG